AUCUAUUGCAUUUUGUAGUGGCUCAGGAAUUUGCUAAAAUUGCAGUUAAUAUCAUACUCAAGGGUGAUGUAGCUGCACGAGGGUAUGCAAAAGCAGCCAAUGCAUUGCAAGUGACGGUAGAUGCAGUUGAUCAGGGUGUCAAAAUGCUCUAUGACAUAUUUAUUAUUGGGUCUCAAUCAAAUUUCUCACCUACUGAAAUGAUCAAAUAUCUUAAAGAACUUGGAUUUCACGGUGAAACAAGAGAAUGUUUGGCAGCUUAUUUUAUUGAACGGUUACACGAAAUUAGAAGACUGGUAGCUGUUCCAAGGCUUAAUGUACCAUCAUACAGAAAACUGGAAUGGCGGCUUGAUGUGCAGCUUGCUAGCAGAAGUCUCUUGAAUCAGGCAGAACCAUCUUUUCUUCUGAAGCUUUCUCUAAAUCCAGUACAUGUGGGAGUUAUGCCCAUAGUUAUGAACAAGGGAAGUCAGUCCAAUGCACAAAUUGAUGAAAGAGCAGAAAAAGAAGUUAUCUUAAUGGAAGCAAAUUAUGCAACUCUGAAAAAAAUCUGUAACCAGUUAGAACAAGCUCUUGCUGAGCGCCAAAGCAGGCACAACCGUCGAAUACUACACCAAUUGCAGUAAAUGCAAUCAUGUUGCAUCUUGUCAGAAUCCAUUAAGAUGAACAUGCUAUCCUGUAACAGGCAGCAGUGUUACAAACAUCAGCAGUUGCGAUAGCAUACAGGCUACAUUGCAAUUCUUUCAUAUUGUAUAUUUGGAAAUUAGACUAUAAUUGUCAGGCUUGCAAUGCCUGCAGCUUGAGUUUGACAGAUGCCUGGAACUUUUGAAUGUCUGAAGUAGACAAGACAACAGCAGCAGAAUUAUGCUUAGGGUAACAUUUGUUUUACUAAGUACAAGUAAUAUUAUUAAUUUCCACCAAAUGCCAUAUAAAAUUAUGAAGAUUUUAAAAUGAGGCAGUGUAUGUAUAUGCUAUGACUGGCAAGCGCUCAGUUUGCUCUUGAGCUUGGUUAUGAUAAAAUUUAAGGGUAUAAAAGUUGAACAAAAUAUAUAAGGUAAAAACCGAAGUAUUGUUGUUCACACAGUGGGUCUAAUAUGCUGGCUUCAAUGAGACCUAAAAAUCACCUUUACCUUCAUCUCGUCUUUUAAUGAAAAUGUGGUAUCAUUGAGGGAAAAUAGCCAUUGGACGUUUUAUUUUCUCUGUUCAAGUUCCAAUUCGGAAACAGCACUGACAUUCAAUUGUUAUAGUAUGUAACUGUAAAGAGUUGAAAACCUCCUUUAUAUAGACCGUUGGUUUUUCUCAAUGGGCACUAUCAAAUCAAAGAAUUGGGGAUUCACUUCA